UCGCCCGAGGUCUACCACGCAGACCGCACCAUGGCCACCAUUGUCAUGCACUACAUCGGGGUGCCAAUUGGCCUGCUUGGUGAUCGUAACCCCGGAGUGCCGCUCUUUGGCUCGGCGGCCGGCUGUGCAACGACGCAACCCCCCCCCGGCACCGCGUCCUGCUUCGUAGAGCCGCCGCACAUCAUCCUGCGGCUCGGGCUCAUCCAAGGCCUCCGGUACAGCACCCUCGCGGAGGACAUGGGCACAUACCUCGCAAGAACGCUGUUCUUGAGCUCCUCAUUGUACCUCACGGGGUCCCAGAUGAAGGAAGAGAUUGGCCGCUGGGCCAGCAACUGGCCGAUGUGCGAGCUCACAGAGCAGGUGGGGAAGGCCGAGGUUGUUUUCUCCGACCCUUACAUGGAGUCCGACAUGAACCGUUGGACUAGUCCGGAGCUCGACGAGGCUGCCGCAGCCCUUAGGGCGGACGUCCCCCUGCGGCUCCACGCUUCCAGGCUCAAACAGAAGUUCAUGACCAGCUGCGAGGCCCUUAUUCACGCGGAUCUGCACACGGGUUCCGUGAUGGCCAUGGAAGGAUCAACACAGGUGAUCGAUCCCGAGUUCGCGUUCUACGGGCCGAUGGGCUUCGACCUGGGCGCCCUUAUCGCGAACCUCCUCCUGGCCUACUGCGCGGUGCCCGGUAAUGGGCAGGGGGGGGACUACGCAGAGUGGCUGCUCGAGCAGGUGUCGACGAUAUGGACGAGCUUCAAGGUGGUAUUCCUGGAGCUGUGGAGCGACGAGGAGUUGCACAAGGGACAGGCGUACCUGCGGGCCAUGUACCCGGACCCAAAGGGCCUCGAGGAUGCCCAGGCGCAGUACAUGCAGAUGCUGUGGCAGGACACGCUCGGCUUCGCAGGGAUGAAGAUGAUUCGACGCGUGGUGGGCAUCUCCCACGUCGAAGACCUCGACGGCAUCAAGGACAGAGCCGCCCGCGCGCAGUGCGAGUCCCACGCCCUCGCCCUCGGGAAACGCCUCGUCAUGGCCUCGAAGCCCCUCGAUGGGAGUUCCGACGGCGUCAUCGCCGAGGCCAAAGACGUGUUCGUCUUGGCGAGAUCGCUUGGUGGAGGCGGUGGAUCGUGAUGAUGCAGGUCGCGUUCUGCGGUGGUAUCGGGGCGUAGCGGGAGUUGCGGGUACCGACGU